CUUCGGGGCCAUGGAGAAGGCGCGGCCGCUGUGGACCAACCCGCUGCAGUUCGUGUUCGCCUGCAUCUCGUUCGCGGUGGGCCUGGGCAACGUGUGGCGCUUCCCCUACCUGUGCCAGAUGCACGGCGGAGGCAGUUUCCUGGUGCCCUACGUCGUCAUGCUCGUCGUGGAGGGGAUGCCACUCCUGUACCUGGAGCUGGCGGUGGGCCAGCACAUGCGGCGGGGCAGCGUCGGGGCCUGGACGGCCAUCAGCCCCUACCUCAGCGGUGUUGGUGUCGCUAGCGUGGUGGUCUCCUUCUUUCUCUCCAUGUACUACAACAUCAUCAAUGCCUGGGCCUUCUGGUACCUCUUCCACUCCUUCCAGGAUCCCCUGCCCUGGUCGGUCUGCCCGCUGAACAGCAACCGCACGGGCUAUGAGGAGGAGUGUGAGAAGGCCUCGUCCACGCAGUACUUCUGGUUCAGGAAGACCCUCAACAUCUCACCAUCCAUCCAGGAGAAUGGGGGCAUGCGGUGGGAGCCGGCACUGUGCCUCGUCCUGGCCUGGCUCGUGGUGUACCUGUGCAUCCUGCGGGGCACCGAGUCAACCGGCAAGGUGGUGUACUUGACUGCGUCGCUGCCCUACUGCGUGCUCCUCAUCUACCUGGUCAGGGGCCUCACGCUCCAUGGAGCCACCAACGGCCUGGCAUACAUGUUCACUCCCAAGACGGAGCAGCUGACCAACCCCAAGGCCUGGGUCGAUGCAGCCACGCAGAUCUUCUUCUCUCUCGGCCUGGGGUUUGGCAGCCUGAUCGCCUUUGCCAGCUACAGCGAGCCCUCCACCGACUGCCAGAAGCACGCCUUCACCGUGUCCCUCGUCAACAGCGCCACCUCCAUAUUCGCCAGCAUCGUGACCUUCUCCAUCUACGGCUUCAAGGCCACCUUCAACUAUGAAAACUGCUUGAACAAGAUGAUUCUGCUGCUGACCAAUUCAUUUGACCUUGAAGAUGGCUUUUUGACAGCCAGCAACCUGGAGCAAAUGAAGGGCUACCUCGCGUCUGCUUUCCCCAGCAAAUACAGCGAGGUGUUCCCACAAAUUAAAAACUGCAGCUUGGAAUCAGAGCUGGACACGGCAGUCCAGGGCACUGGCCUGGUCUUCAUCGUCUACACAGAGGCCAUUAAAAACAUGGAAGUGCCCCAGAUGUGGUCUGUGCUCUACUUCUUCAUGCUGCUGAUGCUGGGCAUUGGGAGCAUGCUGGGGAACACAGCGGCCAUUCUCACCCCUCUGACCGACAGCAAGGUCAUUUCCAGCCACCUGCCCAAGGAGGCCAUCUCAGGUUUGGUGUGCCUCGUCAACUGUGCCAUCGGCCUGGUGUUCACCAUGGAGGCCGGCAACUACUGGUUCGACAUAUUCAACGACUACGCCGCCACCCUGUCCCUGCUGCUCAUCGUCCUGGUGGAGUCGGUGGCCGUGUGUUACGUGUAUGGGCUGAGGAGAUUUGAAAGUGACCUUAAGGCCAUGACUGGCCGCACUCUGAACUGGUACUGGAAGACCAUGUGGGCCGGCGUGAGCCCCGUGCUCAUCAUCAGCCUCUUUGUCUUCUACCUGAGCGACUACAUCCUCACGGGCACCCUGCAGUACCAAGCUUGGGACGCCUCCCAGGGCCAGCUUGUGACCAAGGAUUACCCCACGUAUGCGCUGGCUGCCAUUGGGCUGCUUGUGGCCUCCUCCACCAUGUGCAUCCCCCUGGUGGCCCUGGGAACGUUCGCCAUGCGCUGCCUCAAGAGGGGACACACGGCCUCCAUAGCCUGAGGACUGGGCUUCCCAGACAAUGCAGUCUGCUGCUCACUGUUUUAUGGCUACUAUUUGGAGGUGGAACCUCAUCAGCUGCUUCUUAAAACACUUAACUCCCGAUGUGCUCACCCAUCAUCUUCCUGAGUCUAUGCAGAAGUUGGGACAGCGCGGAGGAAGGAGAUGCCCUGACAGAAGGCACAGCCCUCUCAUGAAGCGGCCCUUUCUUCCUCUGCCUCCCCUCAAGGUAGCACUGUGCUACCUGCUUGUCACCAAAGAGGCUGGCUUUUCAAAGCCUCUCUUGAAUACUAGAGGGCAAUCAUUUUCAGAUCAGUUUGAAAGGUUUUCUAAGUGCCUAAGAUGACGUAUCGGAAUGUCACUGGUGAACAAUCAGCUUUUUUGAGUUGCGGUGAAUGGGCAGUUGCUGUGUGCUCCUCCUUCCCUAAGAGGAUCAACUGGUCAUAAGAAAGGCGGCCUUUGGGUACGAGAAAGAAAGCCUUAAUUCCCUUACCAAGGGGAUCACUCUUUUCUAAACGGAGGUCUUUCAUGGUGGGUCCAGGACUAGUCCUCUUACAAAAAUUGCCCCAAAUAGUUUGCAACUCCCUGUGGCACAGUUAGGCACGGAGUUGGUGCGGGCACCCCUGCCCCGAGAGCUCAGUGCUUCGCAGAAGGUGCUAGAGCCACAGUGAGGAUGACAGUGAAUCUGAUUACCCGCGGACUUAAUGUUAUAUUUGGACAUGAUGGUAAUUCUUUACAGGAAAGACCAUGAACAUUACUUACAAUUUUAAAUUAUUUAUCUGUACAUAAGUUUUCUAAAAUGUAUAUAAUUCAAACACAGCACCUUAUAACUGAAGACACCAUAUUUAUGAUACAGCACUAGCCCACCAUGCAAAUAUCUUUUUUUUUGUAAUAAUAAGUAGGUCAAGGUUAUCCCUUAAGUGAGAGGGUCCCUUCCCACUCUAACAUUCUGUGCUUCACUUGAGAUCGUGGAAUCUAUGGAGGUGUCUUUGGGUAGGUAUGUACAGACAUCGUUGGAGACACUCAAUCACUCACUUGGGACACCAGCUGGAGAUUUUUUUGGCUUUUACCUCUCAUAACACAAGAUUUUCCCCCAUUAUGUAAACAUACAGGCUAAUUUUUGAAAAAAAAAAUAGAAAAUAAAAAGGAGAAUCCAU